AUGCUCCUCCUCCGUUGUGUCGUUAACCAAAGGAAAAGCGAGCAAGAGCAGCGAUAUGCACUGUUACCGUUCAUGGCGAGCAUGAGCGCGGAGCUGCAGGCCUGGUGGACAGACGCGUUUUUGCCCCAAUGGGAAGGCUUUUCGGAAGCCACGCUUGGAAGUGGCGUGAACCAUAACUCGUGGACCCUCCAAACACUCGCCGUUGACCCAAAGUACCACCGCCGCGGCAUCGCUCGCGCGCUUCUUGAGCCUGUCGUCCAGACGGCGCGUCGUGAGGGAGGAUUGCUCUGUGUGGAUACGACUGUCGAGGAGAAUGUGGCCAUAUACGAGAAGCUGGGGUUCCAGCUCGCGCCAAAAGGAAAAAGUAACGACGGGGAAGCGCGGACGGUGGAGGAGUGUAGACACGUCUUCACGGGAUUAACUGGAGCCGAGGUAUCUGUGUGGAUAUUAACUAGUAGAAGAUUUGAGUGA